AUGUCUUCUUACUUGGGAUGGUCUUAUGAGAAGGGAGAACUGCUGCUGAUAUACGAGUACAUGCCCAACGGCAGCCUCGACCGGCAGCUGUUCCCCAAGGAGAAGGUCCUGGGAUGGAGGACGCGCUACAGCAUCGUGACGGACAUAGCCGCGGGUCUCCACUACGUCCACCACGAGCACGAGCACAUGGUUCUCCACCGCGACAUCAAGGCCAGCAACAUCCUGCUCGACGCCGCCUUCCGCGGCCGCCUCGGCGACUUCGGCCUCGCCCGCAUCGUCGUCGGCCUCGACAAGAACUCCUACACCGACGUCGGCGUCGCCGGGACGUGGGGGUUCAUCGCGCCGGAGUACUCCGUCAGCCACAAGGCCACCCGCAAGACGGACGUGUACGCGUUCGGCGUGCUGCUGCUCGAGAUCGUCACCGGCAGGCGAGUUCUCUGCAAGUUCCAGGGGACGUUUCAGCUGCUCGUCGACUGGGUCUGGAGGCUUCACCGGGAGGGGAGCCUGCUCGACGCCGUCGACAAUGGCGUUGCCUCUUCUUCUUCUUCUUCUACCGAAGAGUUAUUUGAUGCGGAUGAUGCCAUUCGGUUGCUGCUGCUUGGGCUGGCGUGCAGCAACCCGAACCCGUCGGACCGGCCGAGCAUGACGGAGGUGGUGCAGGUGGUCGCCAGGUCGGCGGCGCCACCGGAUGUGCCGCCCGUGAAGCCGGCGUUCGUGUGGCCGCCGGAGGGAUGGCAUAAUAUAGGC